GGACGAACUGCGGCAUGGAUUCUACGUGCUCCACGACCAAGUCUUGUCAUACUCAGAAAUGAUCAGCAGUCAUCAAGUCGGGAAUAGGAGCGACUGGGCAAAGCAGGGGAAGCGCGCACUGCAAGAGCAUUCGCUGGGUCACAUCCGACAUUGCAUCGACUUGUUACGACAAAGUCUGAUGUGUAAUGCUGAUCUGGUAAUAGAGCUGAAGAACGAGGAGUUAGGGGGAGUAACCGGAUUUGGCACGAUGCAUCGCUGCGUCGACCCCCAGAAACAUGACCACACAGGUUAAUAUGAGGUCUUGUCCAAACCCGUUCCUCUCAGCAAGUAGCAUAAUUCAAUAGGAAGCUAGUAUGUAGCAGUACAGAACCAAUAAGGGUAUCAUAUUGCAGCGUAUUACAGACCACUACACUCUUGUCUCGUGCAAGGCCAGAAUGGCAACAUCCCAAGUAACUGCCGUGCCUGGCACCGUAGGCAUAUCUGAACUUGAACAGCUAGCUCAAGAUAUCGCAUCCAAGACGCAGGAGUUCAUAACAGUACUACGCAAAAAUGGCUGCCCACUGCCAUCGCACGAUGCGGACGCACCAAGGAACGAUGCUCUCCCACUGGAAGGAACGACACUGCAAAGCACAUUGAUGGAUCUCACAACGGAGCUACAGACUCUCGUCCAAGGUCCAAGAUUGCAUGUACACAACCAGAUCCUGGCACAUGUCAACCUGGUCAAUUUACAUGCCAUUUACAGCUUCAAACUCCCGAGCGUGGUGCCCACGGAGGGCAGCAUCAGCUACGCAGAGCUAGCCGCAAAGAUCCAAGUGAACGAGGAUGUGGUUCGCCGUAUCGCACGAUACGCCAUCACAAAGCACAUUUUCCGAGAAGUCGACGGCGGUGACGGGAUCGCACACUCAGCCACGUCCAAAAUGCUUGCCGAAUCGCCUAUGAUGAUGGAGUGGAUCGGGAUGGUCUGCGAAGAGAUGUGGCCCGCCGCAACACAGGCUGUUCCAGCCCUAGCAAAGUGGCCCAGGUCGCAGGAGCCGCAACACUCGGGGUUUGCACUUGCGCACGGGCUGGAGACGCACGUGUUCGACAUGCUGGUGGACCAGCCCGAGCGAGCGGCGCGCUUCGCCAACGCGAUGGUCUACUUCAACUCCAACGCGGACCUUGCGCCGCACCACAUCUGCGAUGCCUUUGACUGGGAAUCCGUUUCGAAGGUUGUCGACAUCGGCGGUUCGGCGGGUUCGACAGCGGUAGCACUCGCGACACGGCUGCCGCAAGUUAGCAUCGUCAUCCAAGAUCAAGCUGUUCUAGAGGAUCAAGCACGACAAUCGAUCCCAGUGGCGCUGGCAGACCGCGUUUCCUUCAUCGCACAUGACUUCUUCCAAGACCAACCGGUCAGUGACGCAGACGUCUACCACUUCCGGUGGAUCUUCCACGAUUGGCCGGACCGGUACUGCGUGAAGCUCCUGAAGACGCUGACACCGGCGUUGAAGUCGGGCGCCAGGGUCAUCGUGUCGGAUUUCGUCGUGCCCGAGUCCGGAACGACGCUACGGUAUAAGGAGGGACUCGUACGGGGCUUUGACCUGGCCAUGAUGGAAUUGUUCAACGCCCGUGAGAGGGAACAGCGCGACUGGCAGAGGUUGUUUGAUGAAGCGGAUUCCCAGUUCAGGUUUGAAGGCGUCAAGACCGUGCCAGGCGCUGAACUGGCUUUCAUUUCAGCCACUUGGCAACCGCCAAAUACCUAAUUGGUAAGUACCUAGCUUAGUAAAUUGAUAAGUUCUAUAAAAUUAAAUGAAAUUGAAAUGUGUUUUAAUUGAAAAAGAUGUGUAAAUAAAACGAUUAAGUUAUGG